AUGGCGACUCUCGAAGCACAUCGCAAGCCACCAAGCAAACAACUUCUCUUUGCAAAGAAGCACUCACCAGAAGCAGUCGCGAAAGCCACCGCCCUGGCACUAGUCAAGAGAGACCCCAUCAGCAUCGUGAAGCGAAUUUUCCGGCGCCAGAAAUUCCGCAAAUGGAUGACAGACUGGACGAACGCCAUCGAGAGAGACCGCCUCCGUCCCGAAGACCUUCUCCCAGCGCUCCACAUCGGUUGGCGCCUCAUCUGCACGAUCCUCUUCUUCGGAGCGCUGCAAGACGUCCCGGUGAGCUUCAAAGCACAUCUGAACCGAGACUACAACGCUUUCGGCUGGACGAGCUAUGGAAACAGGAUGUUCAUCGAGUUAGAUCCGAAAGCCGAAAGACGUCGUGAAGGCAUGGGUGUGGCGGAGACGAUUGUUUACACUCUGAUCCACGAAGGCUGCCACGCGUUCCUGGUCAACUUCAGCUGCUACUGCGAGUUUUGCGGGUUUGAAGCGUGUAGGGACAGGAAGCCGUUUGAAAUUGGGGGCGGGCAUGGGAUUGCGUGGCAGAUUUUGACGAUGGCGGUUGAAGAUUCGGCGGGAAGGUGUUUGGGAGUGAAGGUGGAUUUGCAGAGGAGGAAGGAUGCGGUGAAUGACCUUCGAGUCAGGGAUGAUGCUUUGUACUUGAAUUUUGAGUGGGUGAGGAGGAAGUUCUUUGCUUGA